AGAGAGAGAGAGUCAGAGAGGAAAAGAGGAGAGGGGACGACGACAGCGGCGGUGGUUCCGAUCGUUUCUUCGCCUCUUUUUUCCUAUUCUAUAUCGCCCGCUGCUCUCCCUCUCGGAUGCCGCCUUCCGCCGCCUGAGGGGGCCGAUACCCGUGCCUCCGACGCCCCGAUCUGCGUCUCCGGUGGCUUCUCCCGCCCGGGGAACCGUGAGAUCCCGGCGUCGCCCGACCUUGAUCCCCCACCAAGUUCGCUUCUCGCCGAGGUUUUCUUCAAAUGCCGAGGGUGGUACACGAAUCGGGAGGCCUGGUGGUUAUCUCUGCUGCUUUAGAUCGGAGCGUGUAGCUCUUUGUGUUGGGAAGUCGGGAUCAGCAGACGGAGAAUGCGUUUGAUACCGUCUGAUCUUCUAGUCCUUACCCAAAAACCGGAAUCUUUGCUGCUGAUGUCGUUGCAAGGUGAAAUCAGCAUCUCUUCGUUGAAGGACUAAAGUGAAUGGCCAUUUGUAUGAUAUCUGCAGCUUUUGAGCUGUCCACUUGAGAAAGGGGUGCAGGAUUGAAGCCAGGAAUGAUGGUUGGCUCUACAGGAUGCGUGCUGUCACAACUUUUUAGAUCUUUUGAUCAGGACCACUGUUCUUUUCAGAGGUAUCUGUGGACUUAUCUGCUGCUGGUGAAAAAUGGGAGCUUGUUUGAAGUGCUUAAUGAAGUUAUUUUUGACAAAGAUUUGAAUUUACUAAACUUAGACCUUACAGAUCUUACAAGGAGAAGACCUGUGUAUAAGAGACAGCCUGCAGGUAAUUACAGUGUUCAGAAAUCGAAUGGCUGUCUCCUCCCUGGACUUGUUGAUGAUGUUGCACUAGUUUGCCUAGCUUUGUCAUGUAGGUCUGACUAUCCUUCACUUGCUUGUGUAAACAAGAGGUUUAACUGGCUGAUUCGUAGUGGAUAUCUUUACAAAUUAAGGAGACAACUUGGUGUAAGGGAGCACUGGGUUUAUCUGGCGUGUAGUUUGAUGCCUUGGGAAGCAUUUGAUCCCGUUCGGCAGAGAUGGAUGAGGUUACCAAGGAUGCCAUGUGAUGAAUGUUUUUCUUAUGCAGACAAGGAGUCUCUUGCUGUAGGGACCCAGCUUCUUGUUUUUGGCCGAGAAUUAACUGGUUUUGCUAUUUGGAUGUACAACUUAGUGACAUGUGAUUGGUCUAGGUGUCCAAUGAUGAGUCUACCUCGUUGUCUUUUUGGGUCAAGUAGCUCAGGGGAAAUUGCUAUCGUUGCCGGUGGAAGUGAUAUGGCUGGCCAUGUAUUGAAAUGCGUUGAGUUGUAUGACUCAGAAUCUGGUACUUGGGAGGCCUUACCGGAUAUGAAUAUGCCAAGGAGAUUAUGUUCUGGCUUUUUUAUGGAUGGGAAAUUUUAUGUUAUAGGGGGCAUGUCAAGCCAUACGGAUUCUUUAACUUGCGGUGAAGAGUUCAACCUUAAAACAAGGACAUGGAGGAGAAUUAGAAAUAUGUAUCCUGGUGGUAACAGGGCUACCCAAUCUCCCCCAUUGGUUGCGGUUGUUAAUAAUCAGCUUUAUGCUGCCGAUCAAUCCACAAAUGAAGUGAAGAAAUACGACAAGGAGAAUAAUACUUGGAAUGUUGUGAGGCCAUUGCCUGUAAGAGCUGACUCUUCCAAUGGGUGGGGUCUUGCUUUUAAAGCAUGUGGUGACAAGUUGCUCGUGGUUGGUGGUCAUAGAGGGCCUCAAGGUGAAGUCAUUGUGCUGCACUAUUGGUGUCCGGAGGAGGGAAAUAUGGCUGGAGCAGACUGGGAUAUUCUUUCCAUUCGAGAACGAGCCGGUGCUUUUGUUUACAAUUGUGCAAUAAUGGGUUGUUAGGGCAUGCAUUUCAUGGUUGUUACAUAUCUUCCAAGUUGCAAUAUUCGGAUGGCAAUUGCCAAAUUUGAUCGCUAAAACUGUUUAUCUGUAAUGGAUAUUUUCUGUUUACACGCAUUGAUCAUUUGUUGCCAA